ACUCGCUCACGACCGCCCGACAAGGUCAUAACACGAAGACGUUUGACUCGCCGUUCAAGGUCGACCCGACAGUCAACGGCAAGCGGGACGACCCGGUGUGGCAUUUCGUGGCCAGAGGGCGUUAUUUGGAUGGGUCAACGGCGGCGGGCAGGAAGAGCGGUCGUCGAUGCCUGUGCAGGUUGUGCGGGCGUUCRAUUUGUGGGGGCGCUAAAGCCGCCAAGGAGCACUUCUCRAAGAGCGAGAAGUUCCGAUGUGAGGCAGCCACUCUUGCUGUGUGGAAUGCGAUCUGGUCGAAGGACACGACAAAAUGUCCAAAGGAGUUCGCGUCGGCCAUAGAAACGUUGCAGAGCCACUUGCUAGGUCAUCCGAGCUUGCAGUGGCCACCUCUUCAAUUCCUCAAGGACGCAGUGUCGCUGCUGGUUCCUCCCACUGCCCCUUCUGGAGCCGUCGCAUCGCCCAAUUCUGGGGCUCCGGCCAUUCGAGUCACGCUACUGCGUCCUGCAACAACAGUUGCAACACGACCGGCAGCCCCACCGUCUGCGCUGCUGGCUGGGACACGAGGUGCUCGCGAUGUGGGAGUUGGUCGUUCCACACCAGCCAACGAGCACCCGCCUCUCAGGGAUGGUGUGGGCUCUGCGGCAUUUGACGAGGAGAGCACACGUGCAUUUAUUGAGAGUCGCAGGUGGAAGGGGAGUGCCGGCAGUUCAGCGCCCUCGCUCGCCCCUGUUUUCAGGAGUGCUAGGCAGUCAGAUGCCGCACGGAGUGGUACUGCGGUGGCACCUGGCGCACCACCCCGCAGUUCGUCGGAGCACCCAUGGCUGCCACCGCCACCGUCGAGAGUGGCGCAGCGUCCAAUGGUCCACCACGCUCACGAAACUGCCCACCCGGAUCCGUCACACGCACCUGCAAAUGCUCGACAUUCUGCUUCUGUGCCUCGUUUCGGGGAACGGGUGGAUCAUGGGGUGCCUGCCGAGGAGGUCCCCGCUCCGGUGUCCGAUUCAUCGCCGACCCCUGUUCCGACAACCACGGGCGGUGGUCGGUCUGCCCCACAGCCUCCACCCGUGUUGACUGGAACGUUAGACCGUUUGCAGCGCAUUCGUGACCUUGCAGUCGCCCAGAGCGCGACACCUGUGAGCCCUGGCGGGCUGUUGGAUGCUGGGGUCCUCGGCGGGAGAGCUACGACGGGACGAUGUCGGGGCACUUACAGGCAGCAAGCCGUCACGUUGUCAGGCGGCCACAGGCAGUGCGCCGCCUGAGAUCCGCAGUUUUGCGACUUAGGCUCAGGGGCAAAUCCGUGUUU